AUGUUGUGCCAAGCAUCGAAAGGUGUAGUGAAUAAUUUACACAAAUCGCGAAAAGUAUGGAUAAAAGCUCUGUUCAUUAUACUCGUGCUGAAUGCGCAUGUGCUUGUUGUGACAUCGCAGCAGCAGCAGCAGCAGCAGCACCAACACCAGCAUCAGCAGCAACAACACCAACAGCAACAACAGCAACAGCAGCUUUUGCCGACAAACCUGCCAUCACCGCAAAAAAGAGCCGGUAACACUGCCGAUGGUGCCAAGGAUCAUUGCAACAAAACUGUUGACAUCUAUGAGGAUAUCUCCUCACCCGAAGUAACUAACCUGAACCGAAACCGGCCACUCACAUGUUGGUACCGGUUUCGUAGCUUUCGUGGAGCACCACGCGAUUGGGUACUCCGGUUAAACUUCAAAAAGUUUAAAGUAGGAACGCUGCUGAAUGCUACGCACUGCGAUGGAGGCUACUUGCAGAUAGUGGACGGUAAUGCCAAAACCGAUGUGUCAAACCGUAGAGAACCGGGUCAAUUUUGCGGCGAGUCGGAGCAACCGCAAACGUUCAUCAGUGAAACAAGUGCCGUCAAAAUAGUCUUUCACACCGAUAAUUUCACCGACCAGACAUAUUUCGCGUUCGACUCUGGCGCAGAACAACAAAUGGAGGUAUUCAACCGAUACGGUCCCCAUCCGGAGCUUUAUCCGAAUCGCCGAGGUGAAGUGGUUCAAGGCUCGUACUGCGAACGAGAGUUUCGCGACUGUCGGCUGCAGACCUGCUACGUGCAAUCACCUGCUUAUCCAGGUAUAUAUCCGCGAGCGUUGAAGUGUCGCUACCGGCUCCACACGAGACUGCCUUUCAUCAAGCUCUACAUCCAAAAUGAACAGUUCGCAGUGGACGGACAGAGGUGUGAAAACAUCAUGACAUGUCCGAUGAAGGAGAUAGGGUCUGGUUCGGAGCACUGUCCCUACGAUUGGUUGGCUGUGUACGACGGACGGGACGAGCACGCACCACCAAUUGGAAAGUUCUGUGGGAUGGGCAAAUUUCCGUUCAGUAUUAUCGGAACGUCCCAGCAUAUGUAUGUGGAGUUUGUGUCCUCGCCAGCUGGACCGCUGCUUAACACGGGUUUCCAUUUCAACGUGGGAAACUGGCCAGGGCAUGUGGAAACAGUUGGUACCAAACAUGGCGCGUGCGAUUGGUUGCUUAGUUCUGAUGCGUUACGUGCCACCAGUGCCUCCGAAGGCAUCUUCCUCAGUGUAGCUCACUGGUAUCCACCAAAUACCUCCUGCAGCUACCACAUACAAGGGAACGAAGACGAAGUGGUUCGUCUUUACUUCCCUAGUUUUCGAAUAAAUCGUAUCGAAGCGCCGAUCAUAAAGCACGAGGAGGACUGUGCAGAAUCACUCACGAUCUACGACGCAAACAAUCCCGAUCCUGCCCGUAUCAUCAAGACGUUCUGCGAUACCUUCUCUCGACCAAUGGAAAAGAUCGACUUUGUUAGCACUGGUCGGUCGUUGUACGUGAAGUUUCUUAGCAAAACCGGCUCGUACAGUGGCAGCUCGCUGUACUACUGGGCACAUUAUGACUUUUUCAACAAUACGAAGUUUGGCGAUCCUGUGCCAAACACGCUCUGUGACGAAGUGUUUUAUGCCUGGAAGUAUAGCCGUGGAGAGUUAAAGUCCCCAAGAAACACACUCAUCUACAAGCGAGCUUCUGGCAGUGACGUUCGUUGCCAGUACAAGUUCAUCACGGACCGUCGUUUGUUUUCACGUGUUGUGGUCGAAGUGACAUCGGUGACGUUCAAGGAAGUUCCCUACUCGAUAAGCGCUUGCACUCGCUGCCACGAGGAACGUGUCGAUAAGCUAAUUCUGUGGGAAGAACGAGACAAGAGCCAGAACCGGUUGGCUUGCUUUUGCGAUAAUAUUCCCCGACCGGUGCGAAUAAUUUCUUCGGGUGAUCAAAUGAAUCUAGAGCUUAUCAUACAAGGCCAGCACGCGACAACAAGCUACUUCAAAAACCCAAACACCCUGUUCGAGGCGAACUAUGAGUUUGCUCACGGACCAAUUUGUGGACCGAUUACGUUAGGUCCCUCGCCGGAUGGAGAGCUGGUGUUUCCCUACAAAAACGCACUAGGAUUCCAACUGACCGAAAACCGCAAAGAAAAGUGCAUCUGGGAGCUUAAGGUAGCGGCUCAACGUGAUUUAUGGUUGCACCUGGACAAGGCACGGUUUGCUGAGCGAAGUUGUGAGCACGGCCGCAUUGAGGUUUAUCUUGCUGGCCGACUUGAGCCAAGAUUUAUCAUCUGUCCAGAAAAUGUUAGCCUUGCCCGAGAUCUACCAAUACUGUCUGCGGCAGAGCUGGGUGCCGUCGAGAAUGAGAAUGAACCGUUGCCAGUACUGAUACAGUAUACGGGUGACAGUGCUAUUGGUAAAAAUGCUUUCAAAUUCGUGUGGACAGAACUGUUCCAUCUACCUCGCAAUGCCGACGGCACGCUUGCGACCUCGGCCAUGUUCAAGGACAGCUGCGAUUUCUACUGUCCUGGUGAUCAGCAUGUUUGCAUACCGGAAUAUUUACUAUGCAAUGGUGUCCUUAACUGUCCCAACGUGACCGGCCUGCGAGUUGUGGAGAGUAACAUAGACAAAAACUAUGAGUACAUCGAGGAAAACUAUCUGCGUACCGGGCUCUUCGACAAGGAGUUCCUGCUCAACAUCGAGUAUCUGACCGAUGAGUCGCCGGAGCUCUGCCGGACGAAAUACAUACCCGGUAGCAACCCCGGUCAGGUCGAGCUACCGGACGUGGUCGAAUGCUUCCAGUUUCCGGUGGUACAGAUGGUUGUAGCUGGCAUCAUCGUCAGCACGCUAAUCAUUCUAGCUUUCGUCAUCUAUUGUCGUUUGUAUGGGCAAAAGUAUUACGAAUGA